GCCGGCUCUGCGGCAGCGCUGCCGCUCCUCUCGCUUGGCCCGGCCCGGCUCCGCUCGGCUCCGCUCGGCUCGGUUCGGUUCGGUUCGGCUCCGCUCGGCUUUGCUCGGCCCGGCCCUGACGGCAGCAGCCAUGCACACUGCGCUGCUCGGCCUCCUGGGGCUGGCGCUGCUCGGGGCUCUGCGCGCUCAGGACACCAUCCCCGUGCAAACCGACUUCCAGCAGGACAAGCUCACGGGGAAGUGGUUCAGCAUCGGCCUGGCCUCCAACUCCACCUGGUUCAAGGAGAAGAAGCACCUGAUGAAGAUGUGCACCACGGUCAUCUCUGAGACCGCAGAUGGGAGCCUGGAAGUCACCUCCACCUACCCCAAGGGUGACAAGUGCGAGAAGAGGAACAGCCUUUACACCAGGACGGAGCAGCCAGGGCGGUUCAGCUACACCAGCCCACGCUGGGGCAGCAAGCACGAUAUCCGUGUGGUGGAGACCAACUACGAGGAGUAUGCCUUGAUGGCCACCCAGAUCUCCAAGAGCACCGGCCCCUCCACCAUGGUGCUGCUCUACAGCCGCACAAACGAGCUCAGUCCUGAGCGCCUGGAGAGGUUCACCCAGUUCUCCAGGGAGCAGGGCCUGACGGACGAGGAGAUCCUCAUCCUGCCCAGAACGGACGAAUGCAUGGCAGAUGCUGCCUAGACAGACCCACCAGCUGCCGCCGGCCGGAGCCCCGAGAGCACCGUGAGCCGGUGGCUGCCCCAUCCCCCCCAUGCCCAGGACCCCCCAGCACUGCAGCAGCCCCUCUCCCUGGCUUCACACCCACACCUGUACCCCCCACCCCAUUAAAGCCUGUAUAAAACCA